AUGCCAGAAAUCGAGAACGCUACCAGUUUCAAGAUCGGCCCAGCAUUUUCAAAGGUUUCAGGGAAGCUACAGGAUAUUUCAAAGCUUAUACUUGGAGGGGCGGUAUUCAAUACACAGUAUAACGAUGACCCGUAUAAUAUGGAUAUUGUCAAUCUUUUAAAAUUUGGAUUCCUGCAUGGAAUCAACACCAUAGAUACUUCUCCCUACUAUGGUCCUUCGGAAUUGCUCUUAGGUAAAAGUUUGAAUUACCUGAUUAAUGAAGCAAAUUACAUAAAAAGGGAUGAAUUUUACAUUUGCACCAAGGUUGGCCGUGUUAAGUUAAAUGAUUUUGACUACUCACCUGCCUGGAUUCAAGCAAGCAUUUUGAGGUCAUUAGAGCGGCUUCACACCGAUUACUUAGAUUUGGUGCAUCUCCAUGAUGUUGAGUUUGUUGAAGAGGACAAGGUAUUACAAGCUUUGAGGAAACUGAAACGACUGAAGCAAAAAGGAACAAUUAGACAUUUCGGUAUUUCUGGGUAUCCAGUUGAUUAUUUGUAUCGCAUAGCUCUUCUUUGUGCUAAUGAUCCCACAAUAGGCCCUCUUGAUUCUGUUUUGAGUUACUGUAACGGAUGCCUUCAAAAUACUCGAUUAUUUGAUUACUAUGACAAAUUCUUAAGUAAUUGUGGCAUUCAAGUGGUGUUGAAUGCAUCAAUUUUAUCUAUGUCAAUGUUGCGUCUUCAAGAAGUGAAACCAUUUCAUCCGGCACCACAGUUACUUAAAGCUGCCGUGCGAGAAAUAGCUAUGGAUAUGAAAAGGAACUAUAAUGAAGAUCUCGCUGAUUUCGCCACCAGGUUUGCAUUGAGGAAUUGGUUAUUCAAGUCGGGAUCGACAAUUUUGGGAAGCUCAACUGUAGAAGAGCUGAAGUCAGCUCUGCAACAGUUCCAUCUAGUUAGUUCAGAUAUUAACCACAUCAAUCGAAGAGAUGAGAUCCUCGUCAAGAAAUACAGAAACGUGCUUGGAGAUCACUACAAUGAGGUAUGGGAAAGUGGCAUUCCUCAGAAGACAUCAAAUUCGGUAUCAAUUGACCACAGUUACUAA